AUGGCAAGGCGAGAAGACGACUCCUACACCAACGGGUCGGUGUUCGAGGCGUCCGUGGAGUUAGGGAGGAAGGACAAGUCGGAAGCGUACGCCAUCGACGAGCCGCAGCCUGCUGCUGAGGCAGAGGCUGACGACGAUGCUCUCUGCGGCAUGUCGGCCUCAGUUUCUUUCAUUCAGCAGCUCAUUGCGGAGUUCUUUGCAACGUUCUUCCUGAUCUUCGCCGGCUGCGGGGUUAUCACGGUGGACGACAUGAACAGUAAGGCCACGUUCCCAGGCAUCGCCGUGGUGUGGGGGAUGACCGUCAUGGCCAUGAUCUAUGCCGUUGGACACGUCUCCGGCGCGCACAUCAACCCCGCCGUCACCGUCGGCUUCGCAAUCUCUGGCCGGUUCCCCUGGAGGAAGGCAUGUCAUGCGACGACAUUGAUUAUUAGCCAUAGCUGCUGGUACAUUUCGAUCGGUCGCAUGUUGAUCAUAUGCACAUGCGCAGCGCAGGUCCCGGCGUACAUGCUGGUGCAGACGGUGGCCGCGACGAUGGCGAGCCUGGUGCUGCGGCUGAUGUUCAGCGGGCAGCACCUGCGCGCCUCGGUGACGGUGCAUGCAGACGGCGGUUCCAACAUCCAGUCGCUCGUGUUGGAGUUCUUCAUCACCUUCUACCUCAUGUUCGUGAUCAUGGCCGUGGCCACCGACGACCGAGCGGUCGGGCAGAUGGCUGGGCUUGCGGUGGGCGGAACCAUCAUACUCAACGCGCUGUUUGCUGGGCCAGUGUCUGGAGCGUCGAUGAACCCGGCGAGAAGCAUCGGGCCGGCGCUGGUGGGGAACAAGUACAGGUCUCUGUGGGUGUACAUCUUCGGGCCGUUCGCCGGGGCGGCGGCCGGAGCGUGGGCGUACAAUCUCAUCCGCCACACUGACAAGACGCUUGCCGAGGUCACCAAGAGCGCCAGACAAACUAACUGA